AUGAUGUUCCCUAGCACAGGCGCCCUCGCCGGGGCCCUGUUUGCCGGUCUGUCACUUGCCAGCCCGGCGCCGUUCUAUUUGAGCAACUCUCGGAUUGGAGUGCCGACGGAUGUCGAUGUCACUCUGGAUACCAGGACACUGAAGCCUGUCAGCUUCGAUCUUGACAGGUUCUGGAACGAUGAGAUUCUCUUCCAGGGUGUCUCUUCGCCGGCCAUCGAAGGUGUUCAGGAGGCCAUCCAACUUGGUCUCCGACUGCCACAGGCCGCUGUGUCGGGUGCCGUCUCUGUCCAGCUUAACCACCGGUUUCUCCAUGAACCCACCCUGAGGGUCAACCUGGGAGGGGUGAAGGUCUACAUCGAGCUCGACCUUGCCGCUAGCGCCGGAGUGGCGCAGUCAGUUGAGAUCGUUGCCUCCCCAAAGCUGAGCCUUGCUGUUCCCGGCUUGGCUGAGGUCGACAUCGGAGCCGGAUUUGCCCUUGACCUCGUCGUCGCUGCAUCGGCGGCUGUUGAGCUGACGGGCGGUGUCUACGUCACUCUCCCUGACAAUGCUUUCGUCGAGGUCAACAUCUUGACAAAGGAGAUCGUCGAGGCCAACUUGGAGGGUCUGCUUGCCCAGUCGCUUCCGCUGGCCAUCGGUGCGGCUGUCGACCUCUCCACCGAAAUCGAUCUCUCCAUCGGCCUCCGUCUGCGCACCGAGGUAAGUAUCAGUGCUGGUGUUCACCUUCUUGGCUUGGACAUCGGAGCUGGUGCCGACGUUGCCAUCUGGAUCAGCCUCUUCGACUACACCACCACCAUUGUCGCCACUUCGUCUUGCCCCGUUGCUCUUGCCGAGGUGUUCGAAUUCAGCGCCGGUGUUGCUAUCAAGGUCGACGUUGAGGUCGGUGAGGUCCUUGACCUCACUCUCGCCCCGUCUGUUAUUGUCACCCUGGCUACCCUCCCGGUUGUCAAGGUUUGCAUCCCUGAGCGUGGUUAUGGUGGCAGCUUUGGAUCGAACGAGGGCGUCCUUAUCGGUAAUGAUAACACGUCGAUUGGCGGCAGCGAGCCGAGCGCCAGUGUCUCGAACGGAUCGGGUGUCCCGACUGGUGGACUUGGGAGUGUCGUUCCGUCUGGGGUUAGCGCUGUUUCAACCGCUGCCUCUGAAAGCCUCACCCAGCAGCCACCUUCUGGCACUGCCGUUGUGACUGACGGCACUUUCCCCACCGCGCUUCCCAACAGUGCUUCUGGCUCGUGGAACAACUCCAACUACCCCGAGACAUCCGGUGGCAGUGGCAACCUGGUCACCAGCACCACUACCACGACCGCCACGUACACCAUCACCAGCUGUGCUGCCUCUGUGCCCAACUGCCCGGCCAGCUACACGCAGAAAGUGGUGACCUCCACCGUCAUCGUCAAGACCACCGUCUGCCCCGCCACCGCGACCGGCACCGGUUACAUCCCGUACCCAUCCGCCGGUGCCUCGUACGUCCCGACCACCAGCCAGGCCAUGCCCUCGCCCACCGGUGCUCCCUCCACCAUGACCCCGUGCGCGACCCCGACGACGUCGACCCACACCCCGCCCCCCAACUACCCCACCCCGGUCCCCACCGUCACCAUCUCCGACACCACCACCGUCUGCCCCGCCACCGAGACGGGCUACAGGACCGCGACUCCCUCGGCGCCCGGCUACCCCGGCGAGGUCCCCGCCACGACCACCGGCUACGAGACCACGGUGCCUGUCCCGACUGGCUACCCUACCCAGUCCGAGUCUGAGGUCCCCGUUCCCACCGGUUAUCCUACUGAAUCGGAGUCCGAGAUCCCUGUCCCUACCGGCUACCCGACCGAGUCCGAGGUCCCUGUCCCCAGUGGCUACCCUACCCAGUCCCAGCCCGAGGAGGUCCCCGUCCCGACCGCAUACGAGACCGAGACCCUCGUCCCCGUCCCCACCGGCGGCUACGAGGCCGUUCCUCCCCAGGUUUCCGCCCCGCCCGCCACCGGCGGCGUCGUCUACCCGACCGGCACCGGCGCCUGGGUCCCGCCCGCCGUGACCCCGUCGGCCAUCGUCACGGCCGGGGCCUCGCGCAAGAUUGCCGGCGGAAUCGCUGCCGCCGCUGUCCCGAUCUUGGCUGCCCUUCUGUAG